CCGGCCAUGGUCCCGGCCCCUUUCAAGCCUUUAAAAAUACGGAAGUUAGUUCCUCCGAACGAUACAGUUUCCCAGUUAUUACCGACGUUUCUAACAACACACGUCGUUAUUAUUCAAAAUUUAACAUGUGUAAAUAAGAUUACAUAGUACACGGAGUGUUUUGAAAUUAUACAAGUGUUUACGAGUGUAGCAGAGUUUUCCGCGGAGGAAUCCGUACGCUGCCGCCACUCCACUCUGGCGUGGAGCGUAAUUUGAAUCGUUCUCUGCUGCUUUUUUUUUUUUAUCGUUUCUGUUUUGUAGGAACAUCUGUUGAGAUAUAAUUGGCCUUUUAUGACAUCGUAGUUUAUAUGUGUUUUUAUAUGUAUUUUAACAGCAGAAACCCUUAUGAUUCACGUUAAAUUGACAAGAUGGCUACCAUAGAGAUGAACACUGCUGGCACUGAAGGAGAUCCGAAGAAGAAGAUGCUGUCCCCCGCAGAAGAGGAUGUCCCUCCUGUUUUAAAUGGCACCCCAGCCCCCCUGAAUUUCUCUGAGCUCACGCCUUGUCAGUUUGGCAUCUCAGUCCAGAGUUUUACCCCAGCAGCAUCAUCAAACCGCAAAGAUAAGUCUCGUCUAGCACAAAUAAAGGCAAGGCGGCGAUCCAGCAUUGGUGUCCGGGGCUCCCCAGAGACAAACUCCCUCAUCCGUUUCAUGGCGCAACAGAGGAUGAAGACUCCAACAACCCACCAAACUCCAGAGCAUGUCAGAAGUAGCCCCUUCCUUCCCCGGGUCACCUCCACGCUGAGGCAGAAGAUGGCCUCCUUCCAGAGCCUGAUGGAUGUGGAGGAGAGUGUGGUCUGUGAUCCUAUGCCAAGGCAGGACAGCAACACUGGAGGAUGCAUCAAGACAAGAGAUUAUCUGUCUGAUGGGAACAGCAAGGAGAACCACCCACCAACGAUGACACCCACACCCAGAAAGAGGAGGUGCCUGGGCCCCCUUGAAAGCUGUGAGGUGAAGAUUAGAGAGGCCAGCGCUCCUAUCCUGCCCUUCAAUUUGAAGGAGCAGGAGGAGGAUAAAGAGCCAGUGAUGCAGAUUUUGACACAAGUACCACUGCUAUCCAGUGAGGCUGUGGAAGAGGCCCAAGCCUUGCUAAUUUCCCCACCCCUACAUGUUGACUUUGAGAUCCAGGCCUGUUCCCCUACUAAGAACCUACAGGAUGGUGUCUUUGAACUCCAAAGCCCCAGCCGACCACCGCCUGAUGAUCCUGCAGCGGCUUCACCAGCUCUUCCUGGUUCCCCCUCCCACAUCCCCUCCCUUCCUUCUCUGCUGGAGAUGAAGCCCCCAGGAGAGGAUGACUUCACUGGGAUGUCCGCGGUUCAGAAGAAAAAGAAGGUGCGCUUUGGAGGUCCGCUCUCCCCAGAGUUCUUUGAUAAGAACCUGCCCCCCAGCACCCCAUUACAGAAGGGGGGCACACCGGCCCGAGCACCCACACCAGGUGGGAGCUUACAGCUGCGCUCAGUGUUGAAGACGCCACAGAGGAAUGAAUCCCAGACACCACAAGCUCAGCGAGACCUCAGCAGCCCCACUAUGUUUGGUGCCUCGCCUACACUUGCGAUGCCUCGCAACUGCAGAAUGCAGUCGGUGGGAGAGGACAGUGAAAAGGAUGGAAAGAUUGUUUUCCAUUCAAUGGAGGAGAUUGACUCUGCAGCGACGAUUGAUACAGAAUAUACGUGGGACUCCCAGCCGUUGAAUUUAAACACUGCUUUCCAUGAGGAGUCUCUUUCGCAGAUAGUGACAGAGUCUGAGACUAAACCCAGCACAACCUCCAAGAUGGAUGUCCUGGGUGAGCUUGCAUCCUUGCCAGAGAAGGAGAAGCAACUUGAAGCAGUUGUUGAAGCUCCAACUCCAGUCAGAUCGAACAGUAGAAGGAAAAAGCAGCCAGAACCAGUGUGUGAAUCUACCAGUGAGGCUCCCGCUCGCUCCAGCAGUCGAAAGAGAAAGCAACCACAGGAGAGCGAACCUGCGAAGAGGUCGACACGCUCUGCUGCCAAGUCAGCCUCUGGGAAGAUGAAGAUGACUUCCGCAACAAUGCGUCGGUGGAACAGGGACGUGGACCGCUCCCUGUAUGGCUCUCGGGAAUUUGCCUCCAAGAACCCCACCCUGAGUCCCAUCACUGAGAGGCUGUCCUUCAUCAGUCAGUCUCCAGCAGCACAGCAGACUCCCUCCACGAGCUGCACAGGACAUGAAGCCCCAAACCCAGAGACCCACUUGAACUCUGAGAAGGAUAACGACACUCAAGCAAUAGGUGACCUCACUGUGACAAAUGCUUUGGAUAAUCUUCCCACCUCCAGUAAAAAAAGCACCACUGGGAAAGGCAGGAUGUUCUCAGGGCAGAGGGUCAGAGGGAGAGGACUGAAGAAAAGGAAGGUCAGUGUUGCUGACUGUGACUUGCUCAGUGAGGAGCCUCAGGACCAAACUGGAGGAAAGACAGAGGAGCACUGUGAAGACCAAACCACUACAAACCUUGAGACAUCAAGGGAAACCCCACUGAACCAGACUGUCUCUGAACAGGGAGUAAUUGACACUGAACUUAAUGCCCAGACUUCUGCAGAUACACCCAGCACAGACUUAGACGGGAAAUCAGAAGGUCAUGACGGUCUAAAUGUCAGCCCACCCUCAGACAAAGAACUCAACUCUACUUUUAGUCAGGGCAGGAGGAACUCUGUAAACGCGUCAGUCCUACAGGAGCAGGAGGACCAGGUAGAGGAGCACCAAAAGAUCCAUGAAGUGGAGGAGAACGGACAUGGACACCAAGCAGCAAGCCAGAUUGAAAACAACAGCAGGUCAAGCUCAAACAGCCAGGAAAAGGAGGAAGUAGCUGAGUUGGACCUUGCCCACUGGCAGGCUGACUUUAAUUUUGAAGAUGUAUUCAAACCGGUCACCACUAGAGGGCAGCGCUCUGUACGCCGCAGCCUGAGGAACCAGGCUGUUUACAGCAACAACAGUGCAGGUCUGGCCUGGCUGCCUCAGACCUCCCCAGAAUCCUGUAAAGAGGCCCGCAGGAGGACCCGGGGCCGACGGCUCAGUGCUGCUUUACCUGUCCAACCUUCAAUGUCUGAGGAGAAACAAGACAACACUUCAUGAAACUUUAAAUUGAUCACAUGGGACACUGUCUGCUUACUUAAAAGGGGAUAGCAUUGAUUAUGCAUUCAUUAUACUGUCAUACAGACAUACCUAACCACGCUGUUUUCGUAAAAUUAAAUGGAAUGACUUUCCAAAACAA